CAUUUGUAGGUUCGAAAUUGGAGAAAAUUAGCGACAAGUGCCGGAUCGACGUUCAGUACCUUGAGUGUCUUCGGUCGUAACGGAUAGGGCCGGAAUAUAUCCCUGUUCGAUGUGAAGUGUGUGGUGUCUUUGUUGGAUAGUGUGCUGAUUUACUGAAAAAUUCUCGUGAUGAACAUUUUUAAAAUUAAUAACACGUUGGCGCUUGUGGUAUGCCUUGCUCUAGUAGGCAUUGUCGCCACUGCGGACGAGGCGAAAAAUUCCAAGGACUCCUACCUGAUGGCGCUACAGAACUCGCACCAGAUUAAUGUUAAUCGAGGAAGUGAAUUUCGUCACCCAGCCGUCGUAAGAAUAGCUCGCGAGGACUACAGCAGCGUUCCAUCGUCGUCGUAUGAGUACAGUUUGACCAGCGGUUACGGAGCCCCGAAGCCCGUGUACGGCCCGCCUAGUCCUAAGCCAGUGUACGGACCACCGGCUCCCGUGUACGGCCCACCCCCGCAAACGGCCCCGGCACCGUCCCAUGGAAUGCCCUUCCUGAGUCCCGAGGGGUGGCUUUUGAGCAAACUCAAGUUCAAGCUGAAUUGGUUCACCCUUGCCAAGAUAUUGCUCAAGAUUGUGAUAUUCAAGAAAAUUGUCAAAUUCAUCGCCCUGCUGUGUCUAUUGUUUUUCAUUCCCACACUGAAGCCAAGUGAAAGCGACAGUGACAGUGGCGAGGGAGAACGAGGGGACGAUUACCGACGCCGCAGCUACGACCUAAAAUAUGACUACGACCACCGGCUUAAGGAGGUGACCCGAUUUGCACUGAAAGCCAUGGAAGCUUUCACCAUCGAUAACGAGAUUUACUGUCCAGAGGAAAAUUUGCUCAGCUGUCGAGCCAAACGAAUGUUCGACGUGAUAGACGAGGAGUAUCCGUUGCAAUCGGUUCUCCGGAUGUUUGUCCCCUACUCAAAAUCCGUGCAAACCGCAUUCCGGAUGCAGGCAAAAAAGGAGGACCACGUUAACGACGACGAUGACCACAACGGCAACAGUAUAGAUCAGACGUCAUCCGCCGCGGCCAGCAGCAACGAAGGCGUCGAAAAGGACGAUUGAGCCAAUUUACGAGGAGAAAUCAAUGCGGAACUGAACUGAAGACAUCAAAAAAGGUCGACGAGCGCGCGCGUUUGCUUGUUGUACGUGGUCUGCACACUUUCGAUAGAUUUAUGAUGGCGCGAUAAGGAGUGGAAUUUGCGCGCACGUGAUUUGAAAAUUGAAAUAUGAGAAAGUGCUAAUUUCGGAUGUCCAAUUUGGUUCGGCCAUUGUUGAAAAAGUGCUUGUUUUAUUUAUUUAUUUAUGGACUAAAUUUAAUUAUAUUUUAAGCAAUAAACACGUACUGACCAUAAAUGUC